UUUGUGAUUGAUUACCCCAAAGGUGUAAAGCAGGCCCUCUGGCUUACCAAAGCCAAGUUAAUAGAAGGCCUUCCCGAGAAAGUGCUUAGCCUCGCCGCUGAUCCGGAGAACUACAUAGAGAACCAAGAUGAACGCCUUCUGAACGUGAUCUCUCACGCCCGUCUCUGGCACUCUACUGAAGACACCCCGAAGAGAGAGGCCUACUGCCCAGUCAUUGUGGACAGUCUGAUACAGCUGUGUAGAUCCCAGAUUCUCAAGCAUCCCUCUCUGGCCAGACGGAUCUGCGCCAAAAACUACACGUUAUCCACCACCUGGAAUCGAGAGUCUUUUCUCCUUCAGGUCCGUGGUUCCAGUGGAGCCCGACUGAACACCAAGAAUCCGCUGCCCGCCGUCGCCUCCAAAGAGGAGGUUGAAGCUACUAAGAAUCAUGUUCUUGAGACCUUCUAUCCCAUAUCUCCCACUGUUGAUCUUCAGGAAUGCAAUGUUUAUGAUGUGGAAGACAACACAGGAUUCCAGGAGGGUUAUCCUUACCCCUAUCCCCACACCCUGUAUUUCCUGGAGUCAGCCAAUUUACGACCACACCGCUUUCAACCAGAUCAGCUGCGGGCCAAAAUGAUCCUGUUUGCCUUUGGCAAUGCCCUGGCUCAGGCCCGGCGCCUCUAUGGGAAGGACGCUAAGGUUUUGGAGCGGCCGGUAGUUGUGCAGAGUGUGGGCACCGACGGACGCGUCUUCCAGUUCCUGGUGCUGCAGCUGAACACCACAGAGCUGGCCGCUCACGAGGGCGUCAAGAACCUGGUCUGGGUGGACUCAGACCAGCUCCUCUAUCAGCAUUUCUGGUGUCGCCCGGUGAUCAAAAAGAAGGUGGUUGUGGAACCUGUUGGGCCGACUGGUUUCCAGCCAGAGACAUUCAGGAAGUUUUUAGCUCUGUAUUUACAUGGUGCUGUGUGAGCCAAGGACCAUUCUGAGGUCUGAAGCCUCCUUGUCCCCCUCCUGCAGAAGAUCCUGUAUCCAGAGCAGUGCUGGGCCUGCCUGGAGCCUCCGUGUUCAUCUGGCCUGCUGUCUGGCUGCCAAUAAAGAGCCUCCCGGUACA